AGGCAUGAAAUUUUUGUGUGCAGGCCGGAUUGCUACGUCCAUAUAGUUAUCUGCUGGUCAUAUAAUUGGUUACUUGCAUUGUGGCGCAGAUAGGCUAAGAUCAACAAAGAAAACAGAUAUGGCCACUCCUGCUUCUCCUUCCAUUGGCAUAAACCAACACAGUCUUGUAAAAACCAAACCGCUAUCCGUUACUUGGAAAUCCCAAUAUCUUCCUCACUCUUUACUGCUUCCUAAUAUAACCAGAUCGAGCUCUGCCCAUGCUGUCGUCCCGGAGAUCAGUAGCACCCAUUCUCAAACAAGUGAGGCAAAUGUGGAGUUGUUUGGUUGCCCGGUUUGUUAUGAACAGCUAAUAAGAAUAGGCCCUUCGGGUUUUAAUAUACCUGCAAUCUAUAGGUCUGCAUUCAAAUGCAGGAAGUGUAACAAGGCAUAUUCCAGCAAAAAUGUGUAUCUUGAUCUUACUGUUAGUGCUGGAGCAAAGGUUUACAAUGAACCUAAACCCAUUAGAACUGAGCUUUUCAGGAGUCCACUUGUUUCAUUUCUGUAUGAGAGAGGCUGGCGUCAAAAUUUUGCCCUAACUGGGUUUCCUGGUCCUGACCAAGAGUUUCAAAUGGCUCAGGAGUACUUUAGAGUAGUUCAAGGCGGUGUUCUUGUAGAUUUAAGCUGUGGCAGUGGAUUGUUCUCACGGAAAUUUGCAAAAUCAGGCGUCUACUCAAGAGUCAUUGCACUUGAUUUUUCUGAAAACAUGCUGCGCCAAUGCUACGACUUCAUCAAAAGUGAUGCCAGUAUGCUAAGCUCGAAUCUUGCACUAGUGAGGGCAGAUGUUUCAAGAUUGCCCUUUUCUUCUGGAUCAGUUGAUGCUGUUCAUGCUGGUGCAGCAUUGCAUUGCUGGCCAUCACCUUCAAAUGCAGUGGCGGAAAUCUGUCGUAUCUUGCGUAGUGGGGGUGUAUUUGUGGGGACUACUUUUCUACGAGCCAGUCAAGCUACUCCUGCUAUGCUUGUAAUACAGAGGGCUCUGGAAAGCAGCUACAGCUACAUUGCGGAGGAGGAGAUUGAAGACUUGUGCAGAUCAUGUGGUCUUGUCAAUUAUUCGAAGAAUGUUCAAGGAUCCUUCAUCCUGUUUUCAGCUCAAAAAUGCUGAUCUUGUUCUUUGUACUUUGAUGGUUUCAGCUAAAAGAACACAUUAAACUAAUUCUAGAAUGAUUUUAGAUUUCUGAAAUGUAGAGUAAUAGAGAGCUGUAAUUUAAGAAUGUAAGUGUACGAAAAUAAUGAAAAGAAAGAAAUGUAUUUAUUUUAUACUCCC